AAAAGCGCAUAAAAACGAGGACAAAGUUUAUGCAAUGUACACCCUGUCAUGUUUGCAAGUGGCAUACGAAUUUUUAAAUCGCGAAUGGAUGUAUUUAAUUUACGGCGAUCAGAAAAAAACCUGUUACAAAAUAUUGAAAACAAAAAUACAUCAAUUAUAUUAUUACAUAUUGAAUUUGUUUAUUGGAAAAAAUCGCAAUGAUUGGUAUUCAAAGGAUAAUUAUAAAUUUUUAAUUAUCACUCUUGUCACGAGUUUUGGAAUUCUUUUUACUACUUACAAGGUAAUGAAAAUUUUACAUUCACCGGAAGUGAAGAAUAUUAUGGAAUCACAAUGGCGAAGAAAUGAAAAUUCCAACAAGAUGUCUUCUGCUUUUCAUGAGAAUAACAAUAAUAAUAAUGAGAGCUCUCAAAUAACAAACGAUUUUCCUGGCGGGACAUCUUUAACUGCCAUUGUAAAACCGACAAUUCGAAAGAGAAAAAUGAGAAAAAGUUUAGAUAAAAAAAAAUGCAAAUUUUGUUUUCUUUUUUAUGAAUUUAGACUCUUUUUAUUUAUACAAAGUUAUUAAUUACUUUUUUAUUAA